CUUGCUGACUGCUAACAACAUGGCGUCUAGCUUGCAUUGCUCGUGAAGGCGUUGUUACGUUGAUGAAGUAUCAGUUAGCUCCAGCAGUACUGGUCCAUCAGAGUCUGUAUGUUUGGAUAAACCCGUCUGAAUGCUGUUCGCCUUUUUUUCUGGAUGUUUUUCCUCUGACUCAUCUCCCGGUAGCCUACAAAGCUAAUGAAGUUAGCUUAGCAUGCUAGCUGGAAACAGACCGACGGGGACGGAAGUUAGCAACACAGCGCUAUUCGGAGUUUAAAGGAGAGUAAACGGUGUUUUUGACGGAGUUUGAGUAAAGAAUACGUAUCUUACGUUGUGUUAAAAUGUCUAAAGCACGAAUACUGAGAUCUUUAGUCAACCAGCGACUCACUGCAGCUGCUGAAGAGAUAUUUGAGCUGUUUGAAAGAACGAUAGCAGAGCACGAGGAGGAACUUUCUCGUUCUAAAGAGGAGAACGAGCGACAACGGAAACUCCUGGACGCUGUUUUCAACCCUCAGCUUCGGUUACACAGAGCAGACGUCCAGCAGCUGUUGGUGGUUAAAGAAGAGGUACCCCCUGAGCAGCAGGAGUUGAGCUCCAGUCUGGACCAAGAGAACCCAGAGAUCCCACACAUUAAAGAGGAACAGGAGGAACUCUGGACCAAUCAGGAGGGAGAACAGCUUCAAGGACUGGAGGAGGCUGAUACCAAGUUCUCAAUCACUCCUGUGAAGAAAGAUGAAGAGGAAGCUCAGUCCUCACAGCUUCAUCAAAGACAAACUGAACAGAUGGAAACUGAAGCUGAUGGAGAGGACUGUGGAGGACCAGAACCAGACAGGAACUCAGAUCCAGAUAGACAUCCAGAACCAGAUACUGAUGAGAAGACUGGAGACUCUUCUGAACCUGAGACUGAUGACAGUGAGGAUUGGAAGGAGACCAGAGAACCUCAGUCAGGUUCAAACUCUUUGAAAAAUGAUGAAGUCCCUGUCAGUGAUUUGAGAUGUGGGACUGGUGGGAAACCGUUUAGAUGCUCUGAGUGUGAGAAAACAUUUGGCACCCGUGGAGCUCUGAAGAAACAUAUGAGAAUCCACACAGGAGAGAAACCUUACAGCUGCUCGGUUUGCAAGAAAUCUUAUAAAUGGAGUCAUAAUUUACAGAUGCACAUCAAAGCUCACAGUGGAGAGAAACCUUUCAGCUGCUCAGAGUGUGGUAAAGGUUUUAUUGAUAGAGGAACCCUGAAGACCCACAUCAGAACUCACACAGGAGAAAAACCUUACAGCUGCUCAGUUUGUGGCAAAACAUUCACAGAGUGGAACUUUAGUUUUACACACGAGAAUCCACACAGGAGAAAAACCUUACAGCUGCUCAGUUUGCAGGAAAUCUUUUACAAAGAGUCAACAUUUACAGAUACACAUGAAAGCUCACAGGGGAGAGAAACCUUUCAGUUGCUCAGAGUGUGGUAAAUGUUUCAUUGAAAAAGGAGCCCUGAAGACCCACAUUAGAAGUCACACAGGAGAAAAACCUUACAGCUGCUCAGUU